AUAAUACAAUUUUCGUUCACAAAUCCAAAUUUUGCGUCAUUUCCAACGAUUCCAAUUCUCAUAUCAAACAGCUCCGAUUCCCUCCGCAGUCUAAUCAGAAACAGCGGUGCCAGGUUUGAUCGAUUUUGUUCUUCGUGCUUGUUGCACAUUUUGUCGAUCUGCAAACUUGACGUUUUGAUCCAUCGCAGGUUCGACGCUUUUUUGGUUGAAAAUCAGGUUUUUAGAUACCCUUUUUGUUCCUAGUUGAUGGGUUUGGUCUGGUGAUUUUUAUAGGUAAUUGAUUUAGAAGUAAAUAGAGGAUGGGGGCAUUGAUGUCAAGGUUCUGGUUCAUGCUAUUCCCUGCAAAAGAGUAUAAGAUUGUGGUAGUUGGAUUGGAUAACGCGGGAAAAACCACGACCCUUUAUAAAUUGCAUCUAGGCGAGGUUGUCACUACCAACCCUACUGUUGGUAGCAACGUCGAAGAGCUCGUCUACAAAAACAUACGAUUUGAGGUAUGGGAUCUUGGCGGACAAGAAAGGCUUCGGACAUCAUGGGCAACAUAUUACCGGGGAACUCAUGCCGUAAUUGCAGUGAUAGACAGCAAUGAUAGAGCCAGGAUCUCUAUAAUGAAGGAUGAACUUUUCAGGUUGCUGGGGCAUGAAGAUUUGCAACAUUCUGUCAUUCUUGUGUUUGCUAAUAAACAAGAUAUCAAGGAUGCUAUGACUCCUGCCGAGAUCACUGAUGCACUAUCUCUUCAUAGCAUCAAGGAUCAUGAUUGGCAUAUACAAGCUUGUUGUGCCCUCUCAGGAGAAGGACUGUAUGAUGGUCUUGGAUGGAUUGCACAACGGGUAACUGGCAAAGCCCCACCAUGAUGUUGGGUUGCUGGAAGCAGAUUCAUUUUUCAUUUGAAUUUAUAUGACGAGGAACAGAUUAUAUGCAACAUUUAUACUUAAAAGAGCCAAG